AUGUUGUCUAAAAACACCACUGGACGAGUGCCUGUAUCGACUGCACGUACACUAUCAGUGAAAAACAUUAACCCACAUGGGACACUACCUACCCGAUCCUACACGGGAGUAUCUAAACCCGAUACAACCUCAAACGACCCUGUCAAACCCAUGCAAAAAAUCAGCUCAUUGCAUGGGUUAAAAGUCAUUGAUCCAAUGGGUGCCAGUAGUCACAAAACUCCUUUUGCAGCCAUGUAUGCCAAAGGUGGUAUACCCUGUCGUUUACAGCACGGAUCCGUCAAACACAAACUUUACUGGCUUCGACCUAUCCAAGAGAUAUCAUUCAAUCCAUUGAUGGUAGUAUUUUUCCAAGGAUUAAUUGAAACAAAGCAUCCAGUAGUUGGACAGGGAUUAAAGGAAUUGAUGGCGUCGCCUGAUGCUGCCAAUAAAAUCGCACCAGUACUAUCGCAAAUCAUUGCACCUUUACGAUGUGCUCUAGCAGUAAAAAAUCAGGAUCAAUUCAUUGCAAACUUGAAUGUGUUGGUGCAAUUAGCAGCACUUGUGGGUCCGACACUUUUACCGUAUCUUGCUUCACUGCUUCCACCGCUAGCAUCAAAAGCCAUGGCUACCGAUAUGCAUACUCGUGAAUCAGUCACGGAUGCGUUAUGUGAAUGUCAGCGAUUUCUUGGCGAUGCUGCCAUUAAAAUCAUUCGUAGUCGUAUACCAACAUUUUCUCCAUUACUACUCUAA